AUGAGGGUCCUCUCUGGCACUAGCCUCAUGCUCUGCAGCCUGCUGCUGCUGCUCCAGGCCCCGUGCAGCCCUGGCCUCGCUCCCCAGUCCAGAGGCCAUCUCUGCCGGACGCGGCCCACGGACCUGGUGUUUGUUGUCGACAGCUCUCGCAGCGUUCGGCCUGUUGAAUUUGAGAAAGUGAAGGUAUUCCUGUCCCAGGUCAUUGAGUCGCUGGACGUGGGGCCCAAUGCCACCCAGGUGGGCAUGGUCAACUAUGCCAGCACCGUGAAGCAGGAGUUCUCGCUGCGGGCUCACGUCUCCAAGGCCGCACUGCUGCAGGCUGUGCGCCAUAUCCAGCCGCUGUCCACAGGCACCAUGACUGGCCUGGCCAUCCAGUUCGCUAUCACCAAAGCCUUCGGCGAUGCAGAGGGUGGUCGUUCCAGGUCCCCUGACAUCAGCAAGGUGGUCAUCGUGGUGACAGACGGGAGGCCCCAGGACAGCGUGCAGGACGUGUCUGCGCGGGCCCGGGCCAGCGGCGUCGAGCUGUUCGCCAUCGGAGUGGGCCGCGUGGACAAGGCCACGCUGCGGCAGAUCGCCAGCGAGCCGCAGGACGAACACGUCGAUUACGUGGAGAGCUACAGCGUCAUCGAGAAGCUGUCCAGGAAGUUCCAGGAGGCCUUCUGCGUGGUGUCAGACCUGUGCGCCACAGGGGACCAUGACUGUGAGCAGGUGUGCCUCAGCUCCCCGGGUUCCUACACCUGCGCCUGCCAUGAGGGCUUCACUCUGAACAGCGACGGCAAGACCUGCAAUGUCUGCAGUGGUGGUGGUGGCAGCUCGGCCACUGACCUGGUCUUCCUCAUUGACGGAUCCAAGAGUGUGAGGCCAGAGAACUUUGAGCUGGUGAAGAAGUUCAUCAAUCAGAUUGUGGAUACGCUGGACGUGUCAGACAAGCUGGCCCAGGUGGGGCUGGUGCAGUACUCAAGCUCUGUGCGCCAGGAGUUCCCCCUGGGUCGCUUCCACACCAAGAAGGACAUCAAGGCGGCUGUGCGGAAUAUGUCCUACAUGGAGAAGGGCACAAUGACCGGGGCUGCUCUCAAGUACCUCAUUGACAAUUCCUUCACUGUGUCCAGUGGGGCUAGGCCCGGGGCCCAGAAGGUGGGCAUUGUCUUCACAGAUGGCCGGAGCCAGGACUAUAUUAAUGAUGCUGCCAAGAAGGCCAAAGACCUCGGCUUUAAGAUGUUUGCUGUGGGUGUGGGCAAUGCCGUGGAGGAUGAGCUGAGGGAAAUAGCCUCAGAGCCUGUGGCAGAGCACUACUUCUACACGGCUGACUUCAAGACCAUCAACCAGAUAGGCAAGAAGUUGCAGAAGAAGAUCUGUGUGGAGGAAGACCUGUGUGCCUGUGAGUCCCUGGUGAAAUUCCAAGCCAAAGUGGAGGGGCUGCUGCAGGCCCUGACCAGGAAACAUAUCCCUUCCCAGAGGGGGCUGGGGCCGGGGAGGGGUGCAGGGCAGUGUUGGGGGAGGCGGGAGCAUGGCCCAAGUGUGGUCGGUUGGGCAGGCUUCUCUUGGCCUGCUUACUGCUGAUGGUCUGCAUUCUGGCAGAAUAAGCUGAAGCCAGCUUGGGUGCACACCCUGUCAAAAGCAGAGACUCCUAGAAGGUAAACAGAGAAAUUGAGGCAGAAGCCAGGAUCUAGGGACUGGACACACACCAGAGUCCUGGACAUGCUCUGAAGAACAUGGAGCCCAUGGAUGCCCCAUUUCUCAGGCUCAUGGUGACGUGCCUGACCCCAGUACCCACUCAGAGGUGGGGCUGGGCCCCAGACAGUUCCCCUGGCUCAGCCAGGACUAGGUGGGGGACCCAGCAGGGCUAAAUCUGCAACUGAGCAGGGCUGGGCACUCGUGGCUCGCAGUAACUGGCUGUGUUUUUUGGAAAGCACCAUUCUGAGGACAGUGGAUGGAUAAGUUCUGACAGAGGGGAGAAUGCACGCUGUAGUGGGGUGUUGCAGGGGCCUGAGUGCAGGGCCACAGCCAUCCCUGCCCUGCUCUGGCCAACCUGCACCUCUCCUUAACUCUGAGUCCACUGGAAGCUGUGAGUAAGCGGCUGGCCAUCCUGGAGAACACAGUCGUCUAAGGCUGCCUGUCACCACUGUGGCCUCUCCAAGCAUCCUGCACGUGUCUGCUGUAGCUUUGCCAUUUUAGUGAGGGAAGCCAGCCUGGGGGUGGGAGGGGGUGUGUCUGGGUGUGCCUAUCGGGAGCGUGUAAUGGCGUUUGGGAGCUCGUGUGUGUAUGUGUGCGUGUGUGUAUGUGUGGAUGUGUGUGUGUGUGUGUGCACGUGCGCCUGAGGGUGGGCAUGAGUCUUGCCAGAAUGUGAGUGUGAGAGUGAUAAUGCAGGGGUGAGUGUGAGAGGGACUGCGUUUGCAUUUUUAUAAUCAAAAGCUUAAUAUAUUCCCAUCUUUUUUAGUUAACCCUUUCUUGACUCUGAGUGCUGUGAAUUUCUUUACUGAUUUCUCUGUUCUCCGGUGAGAAACAAUUAAAUGUGAUUUAACGUAAGCACUGAAUGGGGCUAGAGGCAGUGUGGUUAUUUGGGGACCAGGGAAAAGGAUGGAUGAAGAUGUGGUGGGAGGGGAUGUUUGGAAGGAUGGUAACAGUGGUGGUGACAGUGAUGACAGUGACCACACCAAAACCAGCUGGUGUUUGUCCUGCCUUUUCAGUUACAUAUUCAUUUACUUGACCUCAUUUCACUUCCAGUAACCUUACCCAGAAAAGAGUCAAAUUAUCCCCAUUACAAAUGGGAAAGCUGAGAGUCUAAAUGAUGAAAUGACUUGCUCAGCAGUGGGUCGCUGAGAGACAGGACUUGAAUCUAGGACUAAAGAACAUCAAAAGAAAAAGGCUUCAGAGAAAAAGGGCAAUGACACCAGAUAGGACUCAUUUGUUCAUUCAUUCAUUCAUUCACUCAUUUGUUCAGGUAUCAUGUACUUACAGGGCAAUGGUGGUGGGGGGGAUGGUGCUGUAUGAGACAGACGUAGUUCCUGCCCUAAGAGACAUACAGUUGAGCAGGGUGCUCAUGUCACCCCCACCAGCCAGAGGGACCAGCCAGAGGAAAAGAGAGUGGGUUUAGGUCGUACCAGGGGUUUGUGCCUCCUCUUGAUACCUGGGAGCCCACGGGGUGAGUGUGUGCGUGAGAUGAUGGGAAGGGCUCCAGCCUGGGCCUGGGCUGCCCUAGGUGCCUCUCCCCUCCUGCCCCCAACAUGCCCUGUUGGAGUUCUGUUUGUUUCCUGUGCACAGGCGGCAUCACCCCCAACCCAAAGUCCCCAACACAGAUGGCAGCAGCCCCACCUCAGAGACUGCACAAGAGAGACUCCUGGCCCCAUGUUCCCUUCCUCCAGCCCUAUGUGGUGUCUGCAGGUCACACCCUGAGAUCUCAGCCACCUCCCCCAGGCCCCUAUUGGACCAGUGCUGCUCCGGAAUCUCCAUCUUUGUCCUCUCAGAGGGGGAGCUUUGGUGAUUUUCUGAACCUAUUCUUGUUUAAUGGAGCAUUUUUAGUGUUACUCCUAGAUUCACACUUGAGAGCAUGUCUAAAAGGCUUUUACAAGAAGCUCAGACCACACCGAAAGAUCUUCCUCGGAGGCAGUUCAAAGAGGCAGAAUAACAACACGAACGGUACCCAAGAGCCACAUCAGUACAACAGCACAACUACACAAGCGCGACUUAACUGGGGCACAGCCACCCUCGCCCCCAUGACCUGACUCCACCUCCUACACAGUUCACAAAGCCCUUUCUCUCUGUCCAUCCCUGGGGCAGGAGUUUUUGUGCUGUCCAAGGAGGAUCCUUGACACAGCCACCUGAGAAGUUAUGACUCUGCUCAUUCUUCCUUUCUUCUGAGAUUAUCCACUCCCCUCUCCUCCCCACACAGGUGGGGAGGGGGAGAGGCAGCCAUGUUGAUAUGGACUGAGAAGGCUCAGCAGUGUGUCCCCAAGGAGGAGGAGAGGGUCGUUAGCGGACACUAUGGCCUGGGAGCUGGUGGGCAGAAGCAACAGAUGUCCCUGAUGAGUGGAGUCAGAGAUGAGGUGGAAGCCCUGCCUGGGAAUAGGACCUUGUUCUUCCCUGCCCGGUGGGUGGAGUAGUGGCAGGACCUUGUCACCAGGCUCUGAUGAAGGCAGGGGCCAGCUUCUUGGGAUCUUUCAAUCCCAAACUCUUGCCCUUCACUCAUCGCAGUUCUCCCCACGGCUACUCCAGGUCCUCUUGAAAUCCGUCCUCUCCAUGGACUUCCCACAUCCCUCUCUGCUCUAGGUUUGAUUAACAGAAGGUUGUAAACGAAAACCAGCAUCUCCCUAGGGCAGCUGUGGUCUACUGACAGAUGGCAAGUUACUUUGUAACCUGUAAUUUUGUUUUUUUGAAUUUUGUAUAAAUAAACAGGACUAAACUAA